AUGGGGCCAGUGAGCACCUUGGUGCUUCAGUGGGAAGCAAUGACGCUGAAAAUAACCUUCAAGACAAUGUUUCACUUACUCACAGCUCUUGUGGUUUUCAAAAUCACUUUUGUCAAUGUCUCAGCUCUGCAGCACUGGAAUUGUCCCAGGGGACCUCAGAUUCAGCAUGAAGAUUCCACUUGUACAGAUCUUACACCAUUCCUAGUUUUCAGCCAAGGGAAUGCAAUCUUUAGAAUAGAUAUAGAGGGAACCAAUCACAAGAGAUUGGUGACCCAUGCUGGCUCAUCAGCACUGAUAGAUUUCCAUUAUGAAGAAGGAGAAGUUUAUUGGAUUGACAUUCAAGAAGGUCUUCUCCAACGAGUACACCUGAAUGGCUCGAAUCAGCAGACAAUUUGCUAUACAGGAAAAGAUAUUUCUGGAUUCGCUGUGGAUUGGAUAAAACGAGGCAUUUAUUUGGCCCACUACCAGAAGACCACCAUUGAGGCAAUCAGCUUGGAUGGAAACCAUUCCCGGAUCCUUUUCAAAGAUGAACAUCAUCCCACAAGCAUUGCAGUUGAUCCAGGCAAAAGGCUUUUAUUUUGGGCUUCCAACGGUGAUGUUGGCAGCAUCUACAGGGCAGUCUUGAAUGGAAAAGAAGCAUGGAAUGUUUUCAGGAGCAUGAGAAAAAUCAAAACUAUUGCACUGGAUUUUAUUGACGAGAGGAUCUUCUGGAUCCAGUAUGGUGAUGAUGUCACUUCCCACAUUGGAACCUGUGACUAUGACGGUGGUUCUGUCCAUUUACUCAAAGAGGCUGGGCGAAACCAACUCUAUGACAUAUAUCUCUUUGCGGACGAUAUGUACUAUUCAGAAUCAACUGGUACUGUCUGGAGAGCCAAUAAAUACACAGGAAAAGACAGAGUUGCAAUUAACCUGCAACCAUCAUUCCCCUCACCUACUGAGAUAUUGAUAGUGCAUCCAUUAAAACAGCCCAACUUUAGAACAGACCCUAAAGCAUUUGAAGUAAGACCUUGUAGUGCAAACAGAAAAAGCUGCAAGGCGAGACUCUGCAAGCAAGGCUCCCGGACCAAUCAGUGCAAAUGUAGUAGAGGAUUUACCUUAAGUAAAAACAGGCAACACUGUGAAGAUGUCAAUGAAUGUGCGCUGUGGAACCAUGGGUGUACUUUGGGCUGCACCAAUACCCCAGGCUCUUAUUAUUGUACAUGUCCAAGAAAUUUUGUUCUACUGCCUGACAAGAAAACUUGCCAUGAACUAAUUUCCUGUUCAAGCAAUUACCUUCACUGCAGCCAUGGCUGUGCUGAGACACCUGAUGGACCUGUUUGCGUUUGUCCAGAAGGAUCUCUUCUCCGACAAGAUGGAAUAACAUGUGUGGGGCCCAAGCCAUUUCUGUUGUUUGCAAGCAGCCGAGACAUUCGGCGCAUUAAUUUUGAUGGAACUGAUUACUCAAGUUUACUCAGCUGGCAGAUGGGAGUAGUCUUAACUCUGGACUAUGACCCAGUUGAAAAUAAGAUUUAUUUUGCCCACACAACACUGAAGCAGAUAGAACGAAUUAAUCUCGAUGGCUCAGACUGUGAAAAAGUUAUCCACGUUGCAACAGAGAGACCCGAGGGGCUUGCGGUGGACUGGAUUAACCGUAAAUUGUAUUGGACUGACAAGGGGAUGUCCCACAUUGAAAUGAGUGACCUAAAUGGACUGCAGAGGAAAAUAAUCGUCCAAGAGGGUGUGUCUCAGCCUCAAGGGAUUGCUGUUCAUCCAUUUGCUGAGAGACUCUUUUGGACUGAAAUAGGGAUCCAUCCUCAGAUUGAAAGUUCUUCCUUGUGUGGCACCAAUCGCCUCAUUAUAGCUGAUUCAGACUUAAUUUGGCCCAGUGGCAUAACGAUUGACUACCUAGCUGACAAGUUAUACUGGUGUGAUGCAAAACAGUCUGUUAUUGAAACUGCAAACUUGGAUGGAUCUGAACGGCAAAUACUCACACAGAAUGAUGUAGGACAUCCAUUUGAUAUAACAGUAUUUGAGGAUGACAUUUGGUUCUCUGACUGGGCUAAGCAUUCAUUAAUGAGAGUGGACAAGAAGACUGGACAAAAUAGGGUACGUCUUGGAGGCAACGUACUGAGGCCGUCCUCACUGGUGGUCAUCCAUCCCUUAGCAAAACCAGGCCAUACGAACAAGACAUCAGCACUAGAUGUUCCAUACCAGCAUCCUUUAAGGAACAAUGCAUGUGGCGACAGAAGUGGAAAGAAUCUACAGAUGUUGACUGCAGAAAUUGUGGUGUCUGGCCAGGAUGACUGUACAUUAUUGUGCUGUGAUGAUGUCAAUGCUGAGUGCAUUUCAAAUGAGGAUGGUCCCACUUGCCUGUGUCGGACAGGUUUCACCAAGGAAGACAAAUUGUGCUAUGACAUCGACGAGUGUGCUUUUAACAUGGACCUCUGCAAUCAAAGCAUGUCAAGGUGUGUCAAUACAGAAGGGAGCUACCUUUGCAGGUGCCUUGAGGGGUAUACUGAAGAUGGGCUUCAUUGUUCUGAGCCUCCCAUACCACCUGCUGUGGCAACCAGCGAGGUGUCCACUUUGUCUGCCCAAGAUGAUACGGUUGGCUGCCCCCCCUCAUUCUGCCUCCAUGAGGGAGUUUGUGUUUAUUUUUCCAAUCUGCAAGCUUAUGCAUGCAACUGUGCGAAAGGCUAUUUGGGAGAGCGCUGUCAGUUCAGCGACUUGGAGUGGUGGGAACAGCAACAUGUGAAGCAAACCAAGAAGUGGAAUCUCACAACUGCUGUUUUCUUGGCUCUGCUGUUCCUGGUCCUCCUCCUUGGAGUUGGAUCUCUCUACUCCUACAGUAGACAGCAAAGGUUUUGCAAGAAGGAUCCCUGCGCUGAAGUAACGAAAGAUGCCAGAGGCAGCGGCGACAGCACUGACAGUGAGAACACGAAGCCCAUAAGCGACAAUCCAUUGUUAAUAGUUGUAGUGGAAUGUGAUGACCACGUUAAAGAGGGACCUGUGGAACUGAAAGACCAUGAGGCAGAAGAUCUUGGCUAUUUCUGCCUCUCAGAACCAUCCUGAGCUACAGAAACCUGGACUCUCCACUGCCGGCCAAGGAAACAAUUGAACAGGCCUCUGUUAAAUCAG